UGCUCAUCUCCCUGUCGUCCGGCAUGCCCAACCACAGUGCCAGUAUCCAGCUUUGUGUUCAGAAAUUAAGGAUAUUAAUAGAAGACUCCGAUCAAAACCUGAAGUACCUGGGUCUGUUGGCCAUGUCCAAGAUCCUGAAAACGCAUCCUAAGUCCGUGCAGUCCCACAAGGACCUCAUUCUGCAGUGUCUGGAUGACAAGGAUGAGUCCAUCCGGCUGCGGGCCCUGGACCUGCUAUACGGGAUGGUGUCCAAGAAGAACCUGAUGGAGAUUGUCAAGAAGCUGAUGACUCACGUGGACAAGGCGGAGGGCACCACCUACCGCGACGAGCUGCUCACCAAGAUCAUCGACAUCUGCAGCCAGUCCAACUACCAGUACAUCACCAACUUCGAGUGGUACAUCAGCAUCCUGGUGGAGCUGACCCGGCUGGAGGGCACCCGCCACGGCCACCUCAUUGCCGCCCAGAUGCUGGACGUGGCCAUCCGUGUGAAGGCCAUCCGCAGCUUCGCCGUGUCCCAGAUGUCCGCGCUGCUUGACAGCGCCCACCUGGUGGCCAGCAGCACUCAGCGGAACGGGAUCUGCGAGGUGCUCUACGCCGCAGCCUGGAUCUGCGGGGAGUUCUCAGAGCAUCUGCAGGAGCCCCACCACACCCUGGAGGCCAUGCUGCGGCCCAAGGUCACCACCCUGCCUGGCCACAUCCAGGCCGUGUACGUGCAGAAUGUGGUCAAGCUGUACGCAUCCAUCCUGCAGCAGAAGGAGCAGGCCACGGAUGCAGAGGCAGCCCAGGCGGUCACCCAGCUCAUGGUGGACCGGCUGCCCCAGUUCGUGCAGAGCGCGGACCUGGAAGUGCAGGAGCGGGCGUCCUGCAUCUUGCAGCUGGUCAAGCACGUCCAGAAGCUCCAGGCCAAGGAUGUGCCUGUGGCGGAAGAAGUGAGUGCCCUCUUUGCUGGCGAGUUGAACCCGGUGGCUCCCAAGGCCCAGAAGAAGGUUCCGGUCCCUGAAGGCCUAGACCUGGACGCCUGGAUCAACGAGCCGCUCUCGGACAGCGAGUCUGAGGAUGAGAAACCCAGGGCCAUCUUCCACGAUGAGGAGCAGAGGCAGGCCAGGCACCGGCCACCCGAGGUUGACGAGGAGGAGCUGGCCCGGCGCCGAGAGGCCCGGAAGCAGGAGCAGGCCAACAACCCGUUCUACAUCAAGAGCUCGCCGUCCCCACAGAAGCGGUACCAAGACGUUCCGGGCGUGGAGCACAUCCCGGUGGUGCAGAUAGACCUCUCCGUCCCUCUGAAAGUCCCAGGGCUGCCCAUGUCUGACCAGUACGUGAAACUGGAGGAGGAGCGGAGGCACCGGCAGAAGCUGGAGAAGGACAAGCGGAGGAAGAAGCGCAAGGACAAGGAGAGGAAGGGCAGGCGCCACCGCAGCUCGCUGGCCACGGAGAGCGACGAGGAUAUCGCCCCUGCCCAGCGGGUGGACAUCGUCACCGAGGAGAUGCCUGAGAAUGCUCUGCCCAGCGACGAGGAUGACAAAGACCCCAACGACCCCUACAGGGCCCUGGACAUAGACCUGGAUAAGCCCUUAGCUGACAGCGAGAAGCUUCCUGUCCAGAAACACAGGAAUGCUGAGACCUCAAAGUCCCCCGAAAAAGAGGAUGUUCCUGCUGUAGAAAAGAAAAGCAAGAAACCCAAGAGGAAAGAGAAGAAACACAAGGACAAAGAGAGGGAGAAAGAGAAGAAGAAAGACAAGGAGAAGAAGGGUGAGGACUUGGAUUUCUGGCUGUCCACCACCCCACCGCCUGCCACCGCCCCCAUCCCAGUCCCGUCCACGGAUGAGCUGGGCCUGGAUGCCGUCCCCGCCCCCAGAGAGGAGUGUGAGGGGCCCCGAGGAGCGGGCCCCGAGGAGGAGGACGCCGAGGAGCCAGACCAGGAACGGAAACCUUCCAAGCAUAAGAAGAAGAAGCACAAGAGGGAGAAGGAGGAGCGGCCCAAGGACAGGAAGAAGUCCAGGCAGCGGCCGCCGGGCCCCGAGGAGGCCGCAGGGGAGCCGGUGCAGAACGGCGCGCUGGAGGAGGAGCCGCUCCCGCCCGUGUCCAGCUACGUGCUCCUCGCCGAGAACUCCCACGUCAGGAUGACCUAUGACGUCCAGGGCAGCCUACAGAGGGACAGCCAGGUGACCGUGUCCAUCAUCCUGGAGAACCUGAGCGGCAGCUUCCUCAAGAGCAUGGAGCUCAAUGUGCUGGACUCACUCAACACCAAGAUGGCCCGGCCAGAGGGUGCCUCCGUCCACGACGGUGUGCCUGUGCCUUUCCAGCUGCCCCCGGGCGUCUCAAAUGAAGCGCAGUUCAUGUUCACUGUUCAGAGCAUCGUCAUGGCCCAGAAGCUCAAGGGGACUUUGUCCUUCAUUGCCAAGGAUGACGAGGGGGCGACCCAUGAAAAGCUGGACUUUCGGCUGCACUUCAGCUGCACGUCCUACCUGGUCACCACGCCCUGCUACAGUGACGCCUUUGCCAAGUUGCUGGAGUCUGGGGACCUGAGCAUAAGCUCAAUCAAAGUGGACGGCAUUAGCAUGUCCUUCCAGAACCUUCUGGCAAAGAUCUGUUUUCACCACCAUUUUUCCGUUGUGGAGCGGGUGGAUUCCUGCGCCUCCAUGUACAGCCGCUCCAUCCAGGGCCACCACGUCUGCCUGCUGGUGAAGAAGGGUGAGAGCUCUGUGUCGGUGGACGGAAAGUGCAGCGACUCCACGCUACUGGGCAACGUGCUGGAGGAGAUGAAGGCGACACUGGCCCAGUGCUGAGCGUGGCUGAGCCCGCCGUGGGGCACGCCCGGGACCCGGACCAACGCCUUGCCCGUCGCGUGCCGUGCCCAAGCCCAAGCGUCCGUGCUCCGUCGCCCGCUGUGUAGACAUCAAGUCGUUGCGUUGAUUUGUUGACCAUCCUUUCUUACUGUGACUCUUCCUACUCUCGUUGGCAAGAAACCCCCUGCUGGGCCCCAGACCAGCAAGGGGCCCUCAGGCCUGGCUCCGUGCCCACCCCACGCUGGCCCGAGGCCUCGAAUGUGGUCACAAAGGCUGCCGUCCUGGGCAGGGACCUGGCAGGCACCUAGGAGGGGCACUCGGCAGAUAGCGCGGGGUUGAUGUGGUCUCCAGGGGAGCCCCGCCUCCUGCUUCUGUCCCCACACAUUCCCACCAGUGGCAUCUGCAGGGGCUGAGAAUGGGCCCAUUGCGAACCUUUGGCUCCCAGAACCCAUGGUGGGCCGCUGUCACCUGCACCCACCAGAAUCCUGGGCCUCACUCCAGCUGCAGGCAGGACAGGGUGAGGGAGGUGCUGCGGUCAGGACUGUGGAUGGGACAGGACAGGCCUGUCCUUUUGCUCCUGGUCAGUAGAAGCACGUCUCGGUGGGCUUGGGCUUGGGUGUCAGCGGGGUUGUGCCACUGUGUCCCUCUGCUGUCACCGUCCACACCACAGGGUCCGGUCUGGCGUGGGGCCUGGAGCUCCAGGCCUGGGCCGGGUGCCUCAGGGCGAGGCCACUGUCCUGGGCUGCCGCAGGCCGCGCAAAGCCCCCUGUGGGCAGAGCAGCCAGAGAGCAGGGCGAGCCCGAACUUUCCUCAGAGAUAAUGGUUCCCGUGACAUUUUAUCUUCUCCUUUUGAUGAAAACUGUCACUUUAGCAUGUAGAGUAAUCUAUUACAGAAUCCCGUGCAGUGAUUCUAGGAUUUUGAAACUGUAUGAUGUGUUACAUAAGAACUUAUUUGCUAUCAACAUUCCCGUGUAAAGAAGAGAGACAUCACGCUGUCAUGAUUUCGUGUCAAGAUGAUCCAAUAAAGUUGCAAAACACA